AUGGAUCGCGAACGGGAAAUCCACUCCAGCGAAGGUGUACUCAGGAACUCACCAGAGAAAGAGUCAUGGACGUUUGGCAAGAAAAUGAGGAUUUUGGUGGUGAUGAAUUUUUUGAUGGGCGUUAUUUUUAUGCUAUUAAGUUGUUCUAUAGCGUUCCACUAUUGGUACGAAAUGGUAUGGAUGAAGAGACAACUAAUCGUGAUAAGUGAUAACAUUGUCUCACUCAAUGUGAACCACGAGAGAUGGCUACAGAAUGCAUCGGUGGCCGGCCCAAGGCCACCAGCCGAGGGAGACACGUGGGCGCCGAAAGCCUUUGACGUCAAUGAAACUGCUAAGACAUUAUAUUUCAAAGAUGUGAAAAACGACGUGGUAGACACUAAGAAAAAAGAUUCAAGCAAAGGCAAUGUUUCUGUUUGUGACUGGAACACCCUACAAAAAGAAUUGGAUGUGGUUCAAUUUAACGGCGGUGGUCAGAAAGAAGUUAAUUUGGGAAACCAAUCACUCAUGGGUCCCUGGAUUCGGGAUGAAGAGGCGUCUUCGAAAUAUAGCGCGAACAAGUUCGAGUUGACAGGCGAUUAUGUCACGGUCAAAGAAGACGGGCUUUAUUUAAUUUAUGCUCAGGUGGUAUACCUAACACGAUCACCGACCUGCUACUACAUAUGGGCGCGUCAAACGGGGAAGCAUCCCCGUCUGCUUUCGACUUGUGCAACUGGAGACGACUCUAGCAACCGACCGCUCAGUAAAUCAGAAAUGUCUUGUUCCUUGCAAACUGUUGCGAGGCUUUACAAAGAAGACAUAGUCAACAUUGCUCAAAGAGAACCGAACAGAACUGUAUUGCUCCGACCAGGGUACAGCUACUUCGGUUUCGUAAAACUUAAGUCGUAA